GAUGAGUCUUUGCAUGAUUAUGAAAACUACAGCUGUUUACGUAUAGAGUUUGUUAAAGUUUACUAAAUCAUAGUUUGUAACUUCUUGCUGUUUGCUCAUUAAUUUAUUUAAAAGUUAUGGCUGAAUCCAAGAAAUUAUCGUUUGAGACAAUAAUGACAGUCUUAAUGGAGAAAAGUGACGAUGAAAGGAAAAAAUUCAUCGAGGAUCAUCAGGCGUCCAUCAAGUCUGUUAUCAAAUUAGUUUGUCGUCUAAUUAUCACCGGGGACAAAACAGAAAAAAUUAAUUCUUUAACAUGUUUGGCCAAAAUUAGUGAAGUCGAAGACAAUUUAAUUUUGACUAACUUACUGGAAGAUACAGCUGUUUAUGAAGCAAUUUUGAAGCCAAUCGUUAACUUUAUACACAAUCGUGAUCAUCCAGAAGCUGAUUCAGAACAAGUCGAUGUAAUUAAAUAUAGCCUGAUAAUUUUGGUGAAUAUAACUCGCCAAAAAAACUGUGUUAAAAUUUUCCAUUCAUUGUUGGAUACAAACAAAUUGCUCUCCAGUUUCCAUACAAUCCUAAGCAAUGUUGUUAUGAUUUCUGCUACGGACAAAUUUGAACCUUUAAUUAUUGAAUUGGUGUUCAAUUUAUUAUUGAAUCUUUCACAGCCAUCUCUGAUUUUGGACGAAAUUCAAAAGAAUCAGGAUAAUCUGGCAUUGUUAAUGAAAGAUUUGCUGAAUUUUUUUGAAAAAUCAACUUGUACUAAAAUCAGAGUUUGUUGUAUUUCAAUCAUCGUUAACUUUUUGAUCCACGGCUCUGCACAAACAACUCUAUUGGAUUCCAAAUCAGAACUGAUUACCAAAAUUUUAUAUCCCUUGGCUGGGCCUACCGAAGUUGAAUUUGAUGACGAAGACAUGGCACAACUACCACUAGAUUUACAAUAUUUGCCACCUGAUAAGGAACGAGAAGCUGAUAAUAAUGUCCGAGAUGCUUUGAUAUCUUGUUUAUUGCUAUGUUGUAACACAAGAAAGGGAAGAGAUUCUCUGAAAGAUCAUGGUACUUAUUAUAUUCUUCGAGAAUUACACAAACAAGAAAAGGAUCGCUCAAUACAAAAAAGAGUUGAAGAUGUUGUAGAUAUUCUGACCAAAGAGGAAGAAGAAUACAAUCAAUUCCCUGACCUUAUGUCAACUGCAAUACCUGAACAUUUGAUUGGUAAAUUUGAUGAGAUGGACCAAACUCUUUUGAAUGAAUAACCAAUAAAAUCUGUUAAAAUUGA